UUUAGCGAGAUUAUUAACUUCCGGGUACAUCAACAUCUCAGAUUUCACUGUGUAGAGAGUGUUAUACAUAGAUAUAGCGUUAUCAAUCGAUUAUGUAGAGGUUUUAACGAGAUAAACAUGGGAAUUAAAGCAUUAGUGGAGUGGUCGAGGAUUCUUCGCUUCGUGUUUGACGAAUUACGUGUAAUAACCGCCUGUGUACAAGCAUCGACGAGGGUACGUCUUGCAGAUAAAGAGCAGAUAUGCUUGAAUCUGAGGAUAAAGGUGUUGUGCAUUGUGCAGUCAUCAUUAAUGUGGAUGUCUGAUGCCAGUAUGCCCAUAAUGGGGCAGUAUAAGGGUCGAUCUUCAUAUGACAGCAAAUUUUCAAAGGCAGAUAUAAGAAGGCAAAUAAAACUGUUCAAUGUAAAAUACGCCAGUAGUUGGAUAAAACAUCCAAAGUCGGCACAGUCAAAGUUCACAACAACAAUGGAGGAAUUAACUGCAUUCUCAUUCCGCGGGGCAACAGGCCAUUUUCAGCAACCCCUGAAAUUCUUAAUUGAGGCUAAGUGCCCAUUUUCAGCUCGAACAAUGACAAUUAAAGAGGCUUGUGCAAAUGUUGGGAUUUCCCUCUUGGUAAGUCAGCAUUAUAGAUUGAACAAUUAUGUAAUGUGAUGCAAGGGAUGGUUCGCUGCACCUCAAAACAAAAUUUGAAUAUUGGCAUCAGAUUCAAGGACAACAGCACCUGAAAGACACCAAAUGCUGUGAUUUGCUAGUGUGGAUUCCUAGUGACACUCAAAUAAUUCACAUUGACAAAGAUGUAUUAUGGUCAACCUUUUAAGUGUGAUAGAGUUUAAUUAUAAUAAUGAAGUAUUUUUGCAGUCUAAAACACACACACAUAACCACAUGUACAUAUACUUUAUUAUGAUAUCAGUGGUGCAUCUAUCAAAGUUAUGUACAUGUAAUUACAUGUAUAUUUAUUGAAUAAACAUUAUAGACAGA